UCAGUGUCCCAGGUGUUUCUUUCUCACUCACAGAACUGCGCUUCCUGGUGCACGCGAACCCUCGCGAGCGCGCGCGCCCACGCAGAGCCUGCCCGGCUCCAGCAGCCGCGGCUGCGGGGGUGUUUCCAAGCACUGAUGACUCAAGCUUGAGAACACGCUGUUAAAGCACAGCUCCGCGUUUUGUUGUUGUUGCUGACUUCUCAGAGAAGCAGGGGCAGAGACGUGCAGAGCGCCGUCCUACCUGCUGAGAGCACAAAGGGAACAAAAGCUGUCACAAAACCUUACAGCCAGGAGAAAUGCCUUUGUAAUUUUAGAAGCAGAAUUGUGGUGGAAACGAGAUGUUGUAUAAGUGCUCCUCAGCGGUGCUGCAAGCCUAAUGCUUCAGCCAUCCCUGCGGGAUGAGGUUGGGCUGCAAUUUGAAAUAUGAGAGACCCAGCUCCCACUGUGUGCAGUAAAAGGUAGAAAGUGAAGUGGGAGCAGCAGCUGGGAGGCACAAGCUGCAAAGGUGACUUGGCAGGGGACAGGUGACCUGGCAGGGGACAGCGGGCGCUCUGCUCUGGGGGUGCAGGGGCAGACUGGGCCUUCCAGCUGGGUGAGCACAGCAGCGUCGGUGCUUUUGCCAUGGCGUGGGUUGUGGAGGAGUUAUUGCUAAUUGCUGCACAAGGGAAAGGCACUUGGUGCCUUCUGGAAUGCUGUUUUGUUAGGAUUGUGUCUGUGUUUUCCGAAGCUGCUCUCUAGGACUGUCACAAUGAAGGUCUGUCCUCCCUCGACGGUGAUGUUAGUGGCACAGCAAGUCAUCUCCAGCCCAAAUUUGCCCCCUCACCUCACAAGAGAUGAGGGCAAGUGGGAAUCUGAAGCGAUCCCUGACUCAGUUUCCCUGUUACCCAGCCAAGAUGUGACCCUGCAGCCUAUUCCUCAGCCCAGCUCCUGCACAGCUCCGUCUGUGCCCAGCGUCCAUGCCCGCUCUGCUCUUCUGCAGGGCUCUUGCUGGAGGAGCUCGCAGACUUUUAUCACCAUGUCUGGUCCAGGCCCGUCGCCCGGGGUGGCUGUUUGCCCAUCAUGAACAGGGGAACCUUCUGCAUCUCUCCAGAAAUGGCUGUGCAUUUUUGGGGUGCAGGACAGCAACCUGCCUGCCACAUCUUAGCAGUGCCAGAGCUGCUCAGCAAUCAGAAAAGCUGAAAUGUGGUGUAGACCAGGAACCUGAGAUGCUGACAAGUGCAUCAGCCCUGAGCAUCACCCAAGGCAGCCUGUGCUGAGGUGGGAGGGCAGCACCCGUGACCCCACCACUGCUCACCCCAUCCCCCCUCUAGCCCUGGUUUGCUGGUGGGAGUGCGGAAAGCAGAGCCUGGACAAGCUAUCAGGUUCCGACGUACUCUCACCCUGCGCUCUGCAGCGUGCUCCCGGUCCUACGUGAUGCCGAGGUGCAUCGCACUAGAAAGCGAGUUCGUUUUGGGGCUGGGAGGAAGGCAGUGCUGUAGGUUGCUGCUGGGACCUUGCCAGAUACUUGAGGCUUGGUAUGGUAUUUAUUAAACCUAAUCACAUCCAAAUAAAAGAGAGGCUUUGCCACCAGCCCUUUUCCUGUGUGCUGAAACGUUCCUUGUGCUGUCCCUGUUAAUCUAUAGAAAUCCUCUGGGCUCUGGCCUUUGCAGUCUCUUUCCUUGAACUGCCUUCAUUACAGUCAUGUUACGCCUGAUGCAAUUUAUACUUUUUAAUAUUAAAGAACCUGAACCACUGGAUUGUGGCUCAAUAGAACAGGAAAGGAGAACGUUAGACCAGCUCAACAGAUAGCUCUGUGUCUGCUGUUAGAUAUGGAUCUCGUUAGCAGCCUGUGAUCUCAUGCAAGCAUGCCUCCAGGAGAACCAAGGUGAAACGCCGGGGAUGUGACCCUGGUGACAAGCCCAAGACCAGCACAGGAGGCAGCUGCCCGCCGACUGGCUCUUGCCUUGGGGCUCUGGCUGCUGCAGGAGUGGACAUGGGCUGGGGCGAGGAGAGCGGCUGUCGGCGUGCCCAGAACCUCAGGGCGGCUCUCAAAGAGACCCCGGAGGCUUGUGAAGAAUAUGGAACUGCUGAGCAGGAUCUCAGGAGCCCCGAGGGCAGGUUGGGCACAGGGCCCUGCACCCUGACCCACUGAGAUCACCAGCAGACGGGGAAGCACCCUGUGGCACCUUGUGUGUGGAUAUCAGGUGGACGGAUGCCCAGCCACAGGCCAGCUCCAGGACAGGCCAGGACUGACGCUCUGCGGAAAGGUUUGCUACGCCAUUGGGGGCAUUCCCUACCAGAUGACAGGCAACGCGCUUGGGUUUUUCUUCCAAAUCUUCCUGUUGGAUGUUGUGCAGCUGGAGCCAAUCCAUGCCUCUUUGAUCCUUUUCCUUGGAAGAGCCUGGGAUGCGGUUACUGACCCUGCUAUCGGCUUCCUGGUCAGCAAGAGCCCAAGGAGAAAAUAUGGCAAGCUGGUCCCAUGGAUCGCAGGCUCCAUGCCGUUCGGGGUGCUCUGCUACUGCCUGAUGUGGUCCACGCUCUCGGAUGCCACCCCUGCCUCCCUGAAAUUCCUGUGGUACCUGUUCAUGUACAGCUUCUUCCAGACUUGCAUGACUGUAAGGAACACGGUGCCUGAGGCUCUGUCUGACACAUCAUCCUGUACUUGUCACCAUGUGCCGUACUCAUCCCUGACAAUGUUCCUGGGAGGAACCCAGAGAGACCGUGACUCAGCCACUGCCUACAGAAUGGGAAUGGAGGUGUUCAGCACGCUCCUCGGGUCAGGAAUCCAGGGGCAGAUUGUGGGCAGUUACCAUGCCCGCAUGAUGAACGGCUGUUCCGUGUCCAACAAGACCCUGCACAACACCAGCACCCACAGCCUCACGGACUCUCUGGAGAACAUGCGUAGGGCCUACAUAUUGGCAUCCCUGGUCCUAGGCUCGAUCUAUUGCCUGUCCUGCCUGAUUCUCAUCUUUGGAGUCAGGGAGCAGCCUGGGCCCCUCAGCCCCCUGGGGAAGGUUGAGCUGCCCUUCACCAGCUGCCUGAGGAUGAUGGUGGGACACAAGCCCUACACUCAGCUGUUGUCUGGCUUCCUCUUUGCGUCCCUGGCCUUCCAGAUCGCACAGGGGAUCUUUGCCUUCUUCUGUACUCACGCCGCAGGGCUGGCAGGGAAGUUCCAGCAUUUAGUGCUUAUCAUGUUGGUCACAGCUUCCCUCUCUAUUCCCUUUUGGCAGUGGUUUUUGGGGAGAUUUGGAAAGAAAACAGCAGCGUCACUGGGCCUGGCGCUGAUCAUCCCAGCCCUGGUGGCCGUCACCCAGGUGACACGCAACUUCCUGGCCUUCAUCUUCCCGGUGAUGGUGGCAGGCUGCAGCAUGGCCGUGCUCUACCUUCUACCGUGGUCCAUGCUUCCUGAUGCGGUGGAUGACUUCAUGCUAAGGAACCCUGGCUGCCCCAACCUGGAGGCUCUCUUCUACUCCUUUUAUGUCUUCUUCAACAAGUUUGCAGGUGGCCUGGCCGUGGGGAUAUCGACGCUGAGUUUGCAUUUUGCAGGUUACCAUGCUGGAGACUGCACCUACAACCCCUCCAUCGUCCUCACCCUGCAGCUUCUCAUGGCCCCCAUCCCAAUAAGCCUCCUGCUCAUUGCCAUAAUCAUCUUCUGCCUCCAUCCUAUCAACGAGGAAAGGAGGAAGCAGAUGAAAAUGGAGCUGGAGGCAAUGGGGCACCAGCUACAGCGCGGCAACCAAGAAUAAACACGGGGCCGAAGCGGGAUGUUCCUUGGGAUCGCCUGACUGAGCCCGUGGUCAGGUGUUGGGAUGCGCUGCCCUCUGCCACAGUGCUGCUUUCAGCCUCACUGCCUGCGGAUUUAUGAACAAACAAGCGCCUUUGAGCAUCGAGGAAACGCUCUGAUUGCUGAGAGUUUGGAGUCCGGAAGAAAGCAUGAAUUAUCUCCACAGACACAAGCUCUUUGGGACAGGAUCUGACCCUGUGCAGAGCAGGGAGCUGCUGCCGUGCUCGCUAGCCCCGCUGCUGCCCGGGGUCCUGCGUCUUGAUAUCAAAUAACGUCCUGUUUAUUAUUUACACUAUUAAAUAUGAAUGGUGGUUGCGCUUU